AUGCCUGAGGCGGAAGGCGAUGCUUGUGACUCUGCUGUGGUAGAAUCAGCAUGUCUAAACUGCGGCGAGAACGGGACCACCCGCCUCCUUCUCACUAAGAUUCCGCACUUCCGAGAUGUCAUCCUGAUGUCAUUUGAAUGCGGCUCAUGCGGUUACCGCGACAACGAGCUGCAGGAUGCAGCUCCUUUACAGAACUACGGUAUAAAGAUAACGGCGAAAAUGCUAUCUCCUGAGUUUCUGAACAACCAGAUGGUGCUAUCGGGCUAUGCCUCCUGUCGAAUCGAGGAGCUGGAUUUCGAGAUCCAGCCGUCAGGACAGAAGGGCUACGUGACCACAGUUGAGGGUUACCUGUCGAAGGUCUCACAAAGCUUGGAGGAGCAUGUGCGUUCAGUAGCCGAAGCCAUGGCGAACGACCCCAAUCUUUCAAUACAGCUUAGCACGGGCGAAGUGAAAACGGGAGCUGAAUACAUCCAUACGUUGGCCGCCCUUCGCGAGCGGCUGAAUGAUUGCAGUGAGGGAACUGAGACAUUCACCCUGAUACUGGACGAUCCGUCCGGAAACAGUUACAUUGAGGACUCUGACUCGGUGGAGCUGGCAAAGGAGACGUAUGCGCGUUCGGAAGAGCAACAACAGAAUAUGGGCUACGCUACCAAGGAUGAUUUUAAGAAAGAGAUCGACCUGACUACUCCCAUGGAGAACACGGACGAUGUCGGCAAGGAAGGUGUUUCACUUCCUGUGGACUGCCCCCAUUGCGGUUCCGAGGGCCUCAACAAGAUAUGCGAAGUUUUGGUCCCUGGUUUCGGACCGUGCGUUAUUAUGGCGUUCACCUGCGAGACUUGCGGCGCAAAGUCUAACGAGAUGAAGCCGGGUGGUGGUUACAAGGACCACGCCAAGCGUUGGACGCUGACAGUGCAGUCUGUUGAAGACUUGAAUCGCGAUGUUAUCAUAUCGGAGACGGCGGCAGUCCGGGUCGCCCAUCUCGAUGUGGAGAUGUCGCCAGGUACCAUAGGCGCCGCCUUCACGACGGUGGAGGGGCUGAUAGGCAAGCUGGUGGAGAGUCUGGAGAAGGCGUACCCCUUCGUGCUAGGCGAUUCCGCAACCGAAGAGCAUGCACCACUUCGGGAGAAGGUGCGCGAACUUCAGGCCCUGGUGGCAGGCGACGCUGCGUUUCCCUUCACCCUGGUGAUCGAUGACCCGGCGGAUCACUCCUUCAUCGGUGCCCGGAGGGAGAGUCAGGGCGAAGAUGCGUACCUUGUGUUCGAAAUUUACGAACGCACGCAAGAACAGAACGAUGAGCUGGGUCUCACUGAUAUGAAGACAGAGGACUAUUAG